AAUGACAUAUGUUAGUCUCUUUCUAAUUUUAUAGCUACAAGAAAUAUCAGCUGAUUUUGACGUAAGCUCUUUGCAUUGCUUUGAGGAUAUCAUGGCGAAAUUUAUAGGCCUAGAUCGUCUUGGUAAGAUCUUUCAAAUGAUCCGCCAAUCUGGUGGAAUCAAAAAUGCCUAUAUGAAGUUGUACAGGUACGAUGAUUUGAAACUCGGUACCCUUGUGGGCACAGACAAGUAUGGCAAUAGAUAUUAUGAAAAUCCAUAUUACUUUUAUGGCCGCAAUCGCUGGGUUGAAUAUGCGGAUCAUUUAAAUUUGGAAUAUGAUGGCUCACAAAUACCCGCAGAUUGGUAUGGCUGGAUGCAUUACAAGACCGAUUUGCCACCAAUUCGUGAUGGUAGCCGCCCUAAGUACAAGUGGAUGGCCGAUCAUAGUGAGAACUUAUCAGGCACCAAAGAGCAAUAUAUGCCGUACUCAACAACACCACCAAAAAUAGAAGCAUGGGAUCCAAAAAAAUCAAAGUAAUUAAUGUUUUUCAACGAUAUUGGGCAAAUUGUAAAUUAAAUAUCUUAAAAUAAAGACUAAAUUACAAAGUUA